AUGUCAGGAAAUCGAAGUUCCCGCGGUCGACAGAAGUUUCCCACAACGGCGAAGAAAUGCUUGAUUUCACCGAAUCAACGUUCGGCAGCCAGGGGCGUAGCUCCAGCAGCGCCGGCAGCAAACCCGGUUGAUUUCCGAGCACCGGACACAGCAUGUACCAGCAAACCCAAAGAUGACUUAAGUACGAAACUUUUGGAGCUAGAUAACACGUUGCUGAACGCGGUCGAUUUGGCCAGCAUCGAGAAAAAAGUCAAGCGUUCGAUGCCGCGUACCUCAUGGGGCGGAAAUAUGACACGCGCCGCAGCCGAUCAACCGAUCACGCCGUUUCGAAAACGUUCCAAAUCAGUUGGAGCCAUUGAAAGAAGGCUUAUGGCAAGUCCUCCGAAACUGCAAAAAUCAGCUGUAAGUAGUCGAAAGAUUUAUGUGCUUAAAAUGAACAUGGACGGUAGCGAGGUGCGCGACGGAGGGAGGGACAGCGGCUGUAAUGAAAAUCUUACAUCAAAUCGGUCAAACGUUGCAAACGAGGAAACUCCUCCGGUUCGUCCUCUGUGGUCUGGGGUGGAAAAUGACGAUGCUGAAAUGCUACCAUGUGGACAGGUACCGAUCGCCAGCCAUGAUCAACUUGACACGGACGAAAUAAUCAAGGCUAAACUGAAACGGAUCGGGUCCACCAAACCAGUAACGCACGUCGGUGAUAUGCUGCGAGAGAGUAACGGGUUCGAGGUGUACACAAACCAGGACAUCUGUUCGCAGUACAUGCGGCAAGACGAGUCCCUCGCUGAUGAGGGGGUGGAGCGAAUCGUCGCGAUCGGUGCAUCACAAAUAGGUCAUCCGGAGCGUCCGUCACAUUUCCAGCAGGUAGCCGCUGAAGCUGAACGUACCUUUGAGCUGCAGAAGGUGAGCGAAGCGUUGCGGAUUUUUGAAAUCUGUGACCGUACGCUGCACGACAUGACCAACAUUGAGCCGAUGGCGAAUGCGAUAGGCGAGGGAAGCUCGCGAAUGAGGACCAGCAACUCGACCAUAGCGGCCAUCAAUCGUGAUGAGGGAAUUUCAGAUCAGACUACAAAGCCAAAGUUCACCGUACCCCACGUAUCGUCGCUUUUCCUCGAGAAGGGUCCGUUCUUUGGGCUACCGAACAACGUUCGGCGAAUGCUGCGAGACUUUCGUGGUAUUGGCGAGCUGUACGAUUGGCAGCAGGAGUGUCUGGACUUGCCGGCGAUCGACGAGAGACGUAAUUUGAUCUACGCACUGCCAACGAGCGGUGGAAAGACACUGGUGGUGGAGAUUCUUAUGCUACGGGAGAUUAUUUGCCGCCUGCGGAACGUCAUGUUCGUCGUGCCGUACGUUUCAUCCGCUCAGGAGAAGCUGAUCGCGCUCACUCCGUUCUCGAUCGAGCUGCAGUUUUUAUUGGAGGAGUACACCGGUGGUAGGGGACAAUGUCCGCCGCUCAAACGGCACAGAAAAAACACGAUCUUUGUUUGUACGAUCGAAAAAUCGCUCAUCCUCAUGAACUCUCUCAUCGAGGUGGGUCGCGCGGACGAGAUCGGGCUGAUCGUGAUCGACGAACUGCAUAUGAUUGGAGAGCGAGGAUU